UUUUUUGACUCUUGACUGCAAUGGACGACAUACUUGAACAACCUAGUUCUGAAGCUCCUCCACCAAAACUCGAUGAUAAUCCGGAUGAACAGUCGUCGGGAGACGAAGAUGAAGGCCCCGACUGGACCAAGUUGAAGAUAGGAAUCUCUCGCCCCGUCAUCCCCAAGCGCGGUGAAAAAGAACACGAGCCUGCAGCUGGCGGAGAGAGUGGGCUGCAGCAGCAUAUUUUACAACGGUCAAGAAAUGCAAUGUUUGAGGCGUUGAGAGCGACACGGACGAUCUCCAGCAAGACGGUGAGCUAUGGAAUAUGGCAUCCAUCCCUUGCGCGUGUUUCCGUACCUGUUGCUCGAGGAACCCACUUUUCAAGCAUGGGCCAUUCUGCAUCGCGUCUGGCGAAGGAUAAAGAGAAGCCUACAAAACGUCUAGAGUUGCUCCCAGAAGAGGCAAUUUAUCUGAUUGAGCGGGGAUCCCUUUUCUGCUGGAAGGAGAUCGACAUUGACCUAUCCGGAUUGGAAGACGUAUCUGGAGCUCCAAUGAGUGUGCAGCAGGUAUACGCCGAGAUGAUUGGGAUGGAGGAUGUCACCGUAGAGAAAUAUCAGGUUUACUCCUACCUCAGGCGACUGGGAUAUGUUGUCACCAGGACCGUACCACCUACGUCGGAAUAUCCUGCGGCAGCGCCAUUUGAGAAGAUGUGUCCACUUGGACAACCGAGACCUUCUAUCUUUGAGCGAAUCCGGUUAACGUUCUUUACCUGGAUACUCAAGUUCUUCACAUCUGCCUUUAACUGGUGGAGGCCUCUACGUCUAAGCCGUUGGUUCUAUCAUGACAAGAACUAUGGGCAUGUCUUUCGUUCUUUAAGGUUCAUGCCGGCGGGACAUCAGCUACCGUUACGCCAAUCAAAGGAGGAGGAUUCUCCUUACAAACCAUUCUACAACCUUUACAAGCCUCCUACGCCAUUCAAGAAAACGUCACCUCCACCUCCCGAUUUUCAGAUCGUCGUGAUCAACACUCGAACAACGCCCAUGCCUUCCCUUCGAGAAUUGACUGACCUCUUCGAUAUCUCACCCGAAUUGCCCAUACCUCUACCAAAAAGACCCCCUCCGCCUCGACCAGCACUUCCACCUCUUCCCUGGUGGCGAGCGAUUUUUCCCUUCCAGCGCCGCGACCCAGGACCACCCGCGCGCCGACCACAUCCGUUUGUGGCACUUAGGGCAGGGAAGAAAACCGUGGUCAUCGCUGCAGUAGAUUCAGGAAACAUCAGUUUCUUCCGCUUCAUGCAGGGCGCAUUCAUGGACGUACCAAUGGCGUAACAUGAUACGCUCUUUCGGUGCUUCGGUAAAAAGAAUGUAUAAUGUAAAUUGUAGAGCACGCGGAUUGCUGUAUCCCUUCAGUUAUAUAUGCAUUCACAACCACCACAGGAGCUUUUACUAUUCAAGUAGACGAAAACGUCAAUGGUUGGAUCGUGGUGCUAUUUGUUUCAUUAAACAACCUACAAUUUAAAAGUGUGUUGAGAAGUCUAUUAAUGUGACACGGAGAGCUUAGGUCUACGCGGCGGUGGUCAACGCUUCCCUCCUUCAAACUAGACCCUACAUAGCGAAUUCUAUUUCUUCGUAAUUGGCCUUUGUAUAGGUUGGCCUAGUUUUUAGAAUCGUAAGCCCGAGCCCUGAGCCCAAACCAUG